UACCAGUUUACGCGUAUGCACGAGUCAACGAAGGCGACGCGCUAUCGCUCUACGGCUUUGGUCGCGGUAGUGGAGAUUAUAUAUACCUAUGGAGCCAGUGAGAUUGAUGCACUCAUCCCCUUAGCUCGAUCCAUGGCCUCCUUCACGCUCGCUCUUCUCUCAGCUGUGCUUCUGCUCUGUAGCGCAGUGCAGGCGCAGCUCUCGUCGUCGUUCUACUCCCGCACUUGCCCGUCCUUGCCAAACAUCGUCCGGUCGACCAUGGCGCAGGUCGUCAACAAGGAGCCUCGCAUGGCCGCCUCCAUCCUCCGCCUCUUCUUCCACGACUGCUUUGUCAAUGGCUGCGAUGCAUCGAUUUUAUUGGACGACACGGCGACGUUCACCGGCGAGAAGAAUGCUUUCCCUAAUAUUAACUCUGCCCGUGGCUACGAGGUCAUCGACGCCAUCAAAUCCAACGUCGAAGCCGCUUGCCCCCAAACGGUUUCCUGCGCCGACAUCCUCGCGCUCGCCGCUCGCGAUGGCGUUUCCUUGGUCGGUGGACCAAAUUGGAAAGUCUCACUCGGCCGCCGGGAUGCCACAACGGCGAGCCAGAGCGACGCCAACAGCAACCUCCCGGGACCCUCCUCCAGCCUCUCUCAGCUCGUCGCUUCGUUCGCGGCGAAAGGCCUCAGCGCCCGCGACAUGACCGCGCUCUCCGGCGCCCACACCAUCGGCCGAGCGCAGUGCGCCAACUUCCGCUCCCACAUCUACGACGACGCCGAUAUCGAUCCUUGCUUCGCUGCUGCGCGCCGCCGGGAAUGCCCCUCAGCCGGCGGCGACGGUAACUUGGCGCCGUUCGACUUGCGGACCCCGGACCGGUUCGAUAAUAGCUACUAUCAGAACCUGGUGGCGAAGCGGGGGCUGCUGCACUCCGACCAGGAGCUGUUCAACAACGGUACGCAGGACAAGUUGGUGCGGCGGUACAGCGUCAACGGCAAGGCGUUUGCUAAGGACUUCGCGGCGGCUAUGAUGAGGAUGGGAGCCAUCAGCCCUCUCACCGGAGCCAGCGGGGAGAUCAGAUUGAACUGCAGGGUGGUGAACAAGUAGCGUUCCUUCUUGCCUGGAACUGAUUAGUCGCCGAUUUGUUCAUUCUUUUACACUGUGAAGCACACACUGUUCUUUAUUCUUUCAAAAAAAAAAAAAAAAAAAAAAAAAAGAAAAAACAUGAUCAUAAAGUUUAAUUACCGUGAUAUAUUGCUCAAAUUAAAGCUCUGUUUUAGCUUAGGCAUGUGAACUUUUUAUCAAGUCAAUAGUGGAAUUGAUGGCAUGGUUGAUUGAUAA